UGUUUAGUAUUACAAUUAUUUUGUCCCUAAUAAAACACAUUUCCGCAUCCGUCCAGCGUUUUCUCCGUUUGUUUUUUUCACGUCGUACAGUGAUAAAGCUUCUUCCCCUCAGAUUACCCAAUCUACUGACGCCAGCGGGAGGAUCCGUAUUCUCAGGAAUCGCAUAUGGCUUCAAAGCGAAUCUUGAAGGAGCUCAAGGAUCUUCAGAAGGAUCCUCCUACCUCUUGCAGUGCUGGUCCUGUUGCUGAGGACAUGUUCCAUUGGCAAGCUACGAUCAUGGGUCCUCCAGACAGUCCAUAUGCCGGUGGAGUUUUCCUAAUUACCAUCCAUUUUCCUCCAGAUUAUCCUUUCAAGCCACCUAAGGUUGCUUUUAGAACAAAAGUGUUUCACCCGAAUAUUAACAGCAAUGGUAGCAUAUGCCUUGACAUAUUGAAGGAACAAUGGAGCCCUGCCCUAACCAUUUCCAAGGUUUAUUUUCUAAAGUUCCCUACCUGCUGUUGAAACUGUGCAUCUGGAUUCCCAUCCUUUAAUUUUUUCGCACUUAAUCUGCAAGUUUAUAGCACCUUGAUCCCUGGUGAACGGUUUCCAUCGAUGUCACCGUUAUAACAUGUUAGAUUUUUGUUAUAAGGCAGUUGUACCUUUCUUUGCAUCAAAAGAAA